AUUUCCAUUCACCCCCAGAAGAAAAUGAAGAUCCUUACAAUCUUGAUGAUAGUCCAGACAAUUUGGAUUAUGUUAUCAAGAUAAAAGGUGGCAUUCCCUUUGUUUAUGAUAACAAAGAAAUGAUGGAACUCAAUGAGCCUCGGAGUCUGCCAUAUCCCGACCUGGAGACCUAUACCCUGGACCUGAGCCAUGUUCUUGCUCUAAUUGCAGAUGGUCCAACAAAAACAUACUGUCAUCGGAGGCUUAACUUUUUAGAAUCUAAAUUUAGUUUACAUGAGAUGUUAAAUGAAAUGUCAGAAUUUAAAGAACUAAAGAGUAACCCCCAUCGAGACUUCUAUAAUGUGAGAAAGGUUGAUACACAUAUCCAUGCUGCUGCUUGCAUGAACCAGAAACACUUGUUGAGGUUUAUUAAGCACACGUAUCAAACAGAGCCCGACAGGAUUGUUGCAGAGAGAAAAGGCAAGAAGAUGACUUUAAAGCAAGUUUUCGAAAGCCUUCACAUGGACCCCUAUGACCUCACUGUAGACUCUUUAGAUGUCCAUGCAGGUCGUCAAACAUUUCAUCGAUUUGACAAAUUCAAUUCUAAGUACAAUCCAGUUGGUGCCAGUGAGCUGAGGGACUUGUAUUUGAAAACUGAGAACUACAUUGGUGGUGAAUAUUUUGCUCGUAUGGUCAAGGAAGUAGCCCGUGAACUAGAAGAAAGUAAAUACCAGUAUACAGAACCCCGCUUAUCCAUUUAUGGACGCUCUCCAGAUGAAUGGCUGAACUUGGCAAAAUGGUUCAUUAAACAUAAAGUUUAUUCCCCUAAUAUGCGCUGGAUAAUUCAGGUUCCCAGAAUCUAUGACAUAUUUAGGUCAAAAAAUAUUCUGCCUAGUUUUGGGAAGAUGUUGGAGAACAUCUUUGUACCUUUGUUUGAAGCAACAAUCAAUCCCAAAGACCACAAAGAAUUGCACCUUUUUCUCAAAUAUGUGACUGGCUUUGAUAGUGUUGAUGAUGAAUCCAAACAUAGUGGCCAUAUGUUCUCUGACAAGAGCCUUAACCCUGACCUCUGGACCAGUGAGAAGAAUCCCCCAUAUAGCUAUUAUUUGUAUUAUAUGUACGUGAACAUCAUGUUGCUAAACAACCUUAGGAGAGGCAUGUGUACUUUUCUGUUUCGACCUCACUGUGGAGAAGCUGGGUCUAUCACACACCUUGUAUCAGCCUUUCUGACAGCAGACAACAUUUCUCAUGGAUUGCUCUUGAAGAAG